AUGUCCAAGCCUUCGCACUACAAUACUACCAACCCUGCUACCGGAGAGCUGGUGAAAAACUUUGCAAGUUGCUCGGAUGAAGAGGUCUUCUCAGCGCUCGCAAAGGCCCACGACGCAUACAUCAAAAUAUGGCGUCAGACUCCGGUAGCCAAACGAUGUGAAAUAAUGGGCAAGACUGCCGCCUUGAUGCGCGAGCGUAAGCAAGAGCUGUCCGAGAUUGCUGUCAUGGAAAUGGGCAAGACAAUCAGCGCAAUGGAGGCAGAGGUGGACAUCUCGGCUGAUAUUUUGGAAUACUACGCCAAGAACGGCCAAGAAUUCCUCAAGACGGUGCCUUGUCCUGGUGUACCCGGUGCCGAAGUCGUUUCUGAGCCCAUCGGCGUUAUCCUGGCCAUUGAGCCUUGGAACUUCCCCUAUUACCAGAUUGCGCGGGUGGCCGGCCCUCAGAUUGUCGCCGGAAACACAAUGCUGGUCAAGCCUGCAUCCACCGUGCCUCAGUGCGCUUUAGCCUUUGAGAAGCUAUUGGUUGAUGCCGGGGCGCCCGCUGGAGUCUACACGAAUCUCCUGUGCUCGGUUUCUCAAGUGAAUGCCCUAAUUGAUAGCUUCCUCGUGCGUGGAGUCACCCUGACGGGCAGUGAGCGAGCCGGUGCCUCAGUGGCAGAACGUGCCGGCCGCAAUAUGAAGAAGGUUGUGCUCGAGUUGGGAGGCUCGGAUCCGCUCAUCGUUCUUGAAGACGCAAAUCUUGAAGAAGCCAUCCAAGUGGCUGCCGCUGGGAGAAUGAUUUGCAUGGGCCAAGCCUGCGCGUCAAUCAAGCGUUAUAUCGUUGUUGGCAAAGAGCGUGGCGCCGAGUUCCAGCAAGGAAUUGUCAAGGCUUUCACAGCUAUGCAGGCCGGCGACCCCAUGGAUCGAUCUACAACACUGGGGCCAUUGUUUGCUGAGAGUGGUGUCCGCGAUAUCAUAGCCCAGGUCGAGCAGGCCAAGGCUGCGGGUGCUACUGUUGUCUGCGGUGGAAAGCGAGUCAACCGUCCGGGCUGUUACAUGGAACCAACGCUCAUUACAGACAUUUCUCCAGAAAACCCCCUCUACCAACAGGAGGCCUUUGGGCCGGUCGCCUCCCUCUAUGUGGUUGACACAGAGGACGAGGCCGUUGAGAUUGCUAAUGCAACCCCGUUUGGUCUGGGCUCAUCAAUUUACUCCUCCAACAUUGAACACGCUAAAGAAGUGGCUGCCAAGAUGGACGCCGGCAUGGUAUUCAUUAACUCAGCCCUCAAUGCUGGUGCGGAUGUGCCGUUUGGGGGAGUGAAGAAUUCUGGAUUUGGUAGGGAGCUUGGAGAGCUGGGCAUCUGCGAAUUCCUCAACAAGAAGUUGGUUCGAGUGCACCAAAAUUAUCUGUAA